GGCUGCUGGGCUGGUAUUUAUACCUUCGUGGCAAGUCUAUCUCGCUCGAUCCGGCGAAUUCAAUGCCUAGAACGAUGGAGUAUCAAUGAGCAUCGCCUUUGCACUUCAUCUGAUGUCACUGCACGGCGGAAGCUCGGGAUGGAUUACGGCCGUUGCUUCGCUAAACUCGGAACGCAACAACCACACUUGCCGACGAUCAAUUCAUUGGCAGUGGGCUGAAGAUCCACGAUACCUCGAAUAAUACCCUGGAAAGUGGAUGAAGAGGGGCUC